AUGUCCUCAGAAUCAAACCAUAGCGCCCUCGUUACCUCCUGGGGUUCAUCCCCCACUUAUACCUCCACCCCCACCCCUCCUCCCCCUGGUGCCAAUGAAACCCAAAUCCGCCUCCUCGCAGCCGGUGUCCACCGUGUCGUCCGCUCUCGCGCCUCUGGACAACACUAUUCCGCCAGCAUCCUUCCCCACACGGUUGGUACGGACGGUACGGGGCUCACAGUCCCAGACAAUAAACCAGUCUAUUUCUCUGCCAUGGGUCCUGCGGGCGGUUCCAUGGCGGAGGUCCUCAAUGUGCCGACUACGAGCGUGGUGCCGCUUCCCGAGGGCGCGGAUGCGGUACAAGUGGCCGCCAUGGCCAAUCCGGCCAUGAGUUCGUGGAUGGCGUUGAAGACGAGGACGGACGGGCUGCCGAAAGAUUUUAGUGUUGUGGUACUGGGUGUUACGUCCGCGAGUGGGAGACUAGGGGUCAGCGUUGCAAAAACCUUUGGCGCAGGCAGGGUGGUGGGGGUUGCGAGGAACGAGGGGGCUAUGAAGGCAAUUGGAGGUCUGGACGAGGGUGUCGUACUGAAGGAGAAGGCGGAGGAGACAGAUUGGGCGAAAGUGGGAGAGGUGGACGUUGUAUUGGAUUACCUGUAUGGUGCUCCGGCAAAAGCCUGCCUUGAAGGACUUCCGAAGGGAAAGAGGGUGCAGUACGUGCAGAUUGGAAGUCUGGCGGGAGAGGAGAUGCCGCUGCCGAGUGCGGUAUUGAGGGGUAAAAAUAUUACGAUGAGAGGUGCGGGACCGGGUGCUUGGAGUUUCCAGGAGUUGGGAAAGGAGAUGGGCAGAAUCGUGGGGGCUGCGGCAGGAAUUGAAAAGCAGAAAUUGAGGGUAGAGAAGUUGAAGGAUGUUGACACAGUGUGGCAAGAGAAGAGCGGAAGUGAAAGGCUGGUUUUCGUGCCCUGA